AAACUCUUUUUUUUUGGAUGGCGACUAUUGACAGCUUCGUAUUUUCUCCUUUAGUCUCUUAUAUUUCGGUAAAUAGUUAUUGAAAAUCAUACAUAACAUUUUGGUAAAUAGUUGUUGAAAACAAAAUUAUAUUUCGGUAACUACAUGUCAAAAAUAUGUUCAACUUCGGUAAACAACUGCCGAAUAUAUAUUUUGGGUAAAUAGCUGUUAAAAAAAUAUUAUAUUUUGAUAAUUGUAUACUGAAAAUAUAUCUUAAUUUCGAUAACUAACUAUUGAGUAUAAUUGAAAAUUUUAACGGGCUAAGAAAGAAAAUAUGGGUUACCGAUAGCCGGCUGUUUUUGGAACGGAGUUCAGCAAGAAGCCAAGAAGUGGAGAGUCGCGGACUGUGCAGUCAUAGAAAACGAGAGAGAGAGAGAGAGUGGAGGGUAAGGAAGAAGAGUUGCAGGAAAUGGAGGAAGAAGUGGAAGAUGGACCCCCACCCGGAUGGCAAUCAAACCCACAAAUCAAGCAUGAAAAAACAGAGGAAAUGGAUGAAGAAGAAGACGGAGCCCCACCCGGAUGGCAAUCGCCAAUCUUCAAAAAGAAAAAGGGUGAAGUUAUUAAAGAUGAAGAAGAAGAAGAUGGACCCCCACCUGGUUUGCAAUCAAACCCUAUCAAACAAGAAGAAAUUAAAAAAGAAGAAGAAAUCGAAGAAGAAGAUGAGCCUGCACCUGGUUGGCAACCGAUUCCUGUCAAAGAUGAAGAAAUUAAAGAAGAAGAAGUAAUGCAAGAAGAAGAAGAAGAAGAUGAUGGGCCUCCACCUGGGUGGCAACCAGUUCCUGUAAAAGAAGAAGAAAUGGAAGAACGAGAUGAUGAUGAUGAUGAUGAUGGGCCACCACCUGGGUGGCAAUCAAACCCUAUCAAAGAUGAAGAAAUUCAAGAAAAAGAAAUUGAAGAAGAAGAUGAUGAUGAUGGACCCCCACCUGGGUGGCAAUCAGUCCCUCCGCAGCUGCCCACCCCAGCACCACCUGGGCCUUCGCCGACACUCCCACCAGUAGCUCCACAUCCGCUACCCAAACCUGCGAUUGUUUCCGAGAAGAAUCAAAUGGUUUGUGGUUCUUGCCGCCGACUUCUUUCUUAUCCUCGAGGAGCCAGGUUUGUACAAUGCUCAUGCUGCCGGACAGUCAAUCUUGUUCUGGAAGAACACCAAGUUGGCCAAGUGAAGUGUGGGAGUUGUGCGGUGUUGCUGAUGUACCCAUAUGGAGCACAGUCAGUUAAAUGUUCCUCUUGCCGAUUUGUGACAGAAAUUAGAGUACACAACAAGCGGCCUCCUUUGUCCGUGCAACAGGGUCGGCCACCACCUCUUCCGAAUCCAGUUCACUAGACUGUGUUUUCUUUCUGAUAAGAUGAGAUUGGGAUUCCAACCUGUAACAUAAAUUCUCCCAGUUCAAGUCUUUUUAAACAGCUCACAUUAUGAGGUGCUUUUUACUGCAAUAUUUUAGGACAACAUUUGCCGUUCGAAAAAAGAACGUAGAGUAGCAUGUUUCUAAGCAAUUUGUUCCUGGCAUGAUUGUAACAGUAACUGUAUUACCCAGUUUGUCUGAUUGUAACAGUAACUGUAUUACCCAGUU